AUGAGAUACGAUGAUGCCGAGUACUUGGCGGAUACGUCGAAGGUCGUGAAAGCGAAUAUUCUCGAUGCUCGCACCCAAAACUCCGUUUCUAUGCAACAGGCAUUCACUUGUCGUGACGAGGCUGUGAAGGGUAAUGUUUGGGUUAGCAAAUUCUCGCUACCUAAACCUGCCGAUGAAGAUGAUACCUCUCGUGAUCAUUUUAUGCGACUAGUCGACGAUGCAAAUGAACACAAUGUGGAAUUUCAGCGUCUAUAUUCGCAGAAGCUCGACUUUGAAUGGGUGGGUUAUCGUGGUGGCAAGGAGAUAGGGAAGAAAACGCCAGAACCAGAUAUUCCCGAAAGAGAAAAGUUUGAAAGAUUGUCAGCAGAGACGAAAGGCCCUCUGACUAUUCUUUAUAUCUACGGUGGCUCUUUCAGUCUAAAUUCACCAGCUCGGUACCGCAAGACACUCGCUUCACUGAGCAAAGACACCGGCGCAAAGGGCCUCCUCGUGCGACAGCGACUAGCACCUCAAAACCCCCUCCCAGGAGCGCUAUUAGAUAUAUUCCAAGCAUAUCUUACCCUAUUAAACCCGCCUACCGGCAGCGACGCUCCUCACAAAUCCAUCAACCCUUCCUCAAUCGUGAUAGCAGGCGAUAGCUCAGGUGCAUGUCUAGCCCUAUGCCUCCUCCAAGUCCUUCUUCGCUCAAAGCGUCUCAACGAGCCCAUAAAAUUCCAUGGCACCACAAUCUCACCCCAAAUCCUCAUUCCAGCAGGCAUAGCCUUGAUAAGCCCAACAACUGAUCUAGCCUGUGCCUUCCCAUCCUUCGAAAAGAAUGCCCACUGCGACAUCUACCCAAUGCCAAUUGAAAAGCUCCCAUACCUAGAAAAAGAUUUUCCAUUCUGUGACGCAUGGCCUUCGCCACCCCCUCGCGCAAAUCUAUACUGUGUAAAAGGCAUGCUCGCUCAUCCUCUUGUUAGUCCAGCAGCAUCAGAUGACUGGUCAGGCACAUGUCCCGUGUGGAUAGGCAUGGGGCAGGAACAAAUGGGGGAUCCGGCACGGCUUGUGGUAAGGGAGAUUAAUCGAGUAGGUGGAUCAGUCACAUUCUUCGAAUAUGAGGCUAUGUUCCAUGAUUUCUUCCUAGUUUAUCGGGGGGCGCCCCAGACAGGGCAUAUUCUGCUAGGGUGGGGGCAGGCGAUAUCGAGAUUUGCGAGGGGGGAAAGGCCCCCGUCUAGUGCGCAUUUUAUUCGGGCGGAUGGAUUAAAGGCUGAGGAGAUGGAUGUGGAGAGUUUGGUGGAUUUUUCGUUGGAAGAGGCGAAGGAGUGGAUGUGGGAGAAGACGUUUGAUUAUAAGAUUCCUGAUCAUUUUUGGGAUCCUCCUCGUUCGAAUCUUUGA